AUGGAUCCCAAAACUGGCAUUUCGCGCAACCCAAUCUCAGCCACCUGUGUGUCGCAACUGCAUAUGGAAAUGGGCAAACCAUUGUUGUGGCCACUACUGGGCAAAAGUGGCAAUGAGGAGGGAGAGAGGUAUGACAAGGAAGCCGAACGACAUUCACACUGGACUACGACGGAAUGGCUAGAGAAGCACAAAUACGCCGUGGAGCUGCACAAUGUCACCACAGUCGACGGUUAUCAGCUACUUUUGCAUCGCAUACCCAAACCAGGCAAACAACCCGUCUUGUUGGUGCAUGGAUUGCUAACCUCAUCACUCGCUUGGGUGCUGCUCGGACCCGGCAAGAGUUUAGGCUUUUUGCUCGCCGAACGUAACUACGAUGUUUGGCUGGCGAAUUUGCGCGGCUCACCAUAUGCGCGCAGUCACACGCAAUUCAGCACCAGCAGCGCAGACUAUUGGAGUUUCAGCUUUCAUGAAUGGGGCGCCUACGAUCUGACAGCCAUAAUGGACCGCAUUUGGAAUGAAACCUCGUUUCAGAAGUUGCUGUUAAUUGGGCAUUCUCAGGCGCUGAACGCAUUUCUGGUUCUAUGUUCCAUGCACCCCGAGUACAAUGAACGCAUUCUGUUGAUGCAAGCGUUGGCACCCAUUGUGCAAUUACACGAUUUAGUGCGCUUCAAAUCGGCUGAUGUUCGACGGGUAAUGCGAUUUGUGAAGGCAAAACUAAAAGCCAAAUCAUAUGAACUCCUGCCGGCUGGUUAUCUGCGCAAGAAAUGUCUCAAUCACAAUUCCGACGAACGCCAAGAGUGUCUGAAAAUCAUGAGAACCUUUGCCGGUAAUGGCCGCUAUUCAAAGUCCAUUGAGCCACUGCUGUAUGGCCAACUUUUGCAGGGCGGCUCACCCAAGGAGAUUAAACAUCUGCAACAACUAUGGGCAUCGGGCGAUUUUGUCGCCUUCGAUUAUGGUGUGGAGGGCAAUCGCAAAUAUUACAACAACUCCGUCGAACCAUACAACUACAAUCUGAGUCUGGUUACCGCACCGCUGCUGCUCUACUUCGGCGAAAGUGACGCCAUUGCAACGCCCGAGGGCGUGCAUAGCAUCUACUCGCGUCUAUUGGGCACGGUGGUCGGUGUCUAUCGCAUAACUGCCGACAAAUUUAAUCACUUUGAUUUUCUAUGCGCGAACGAUGUGAAAACACUGGUCAACGACAGAGUUAUCGCUAUGAUGGAGCAACACAUGGCCGGCAAAUUGCCCUACGUCAUUGAAUAA